AUGGACGCCCAGAAGUUUGUCCUUGCCCCUGCGUCAGGUCUUAUGGCUUACUCUGAUGUGAUUUGCUACAAUUGUGGGGAACCAGGACAUCACCUGGACAAGUGCACCAAGCCCAAGAGCUGUUUUAUCUGCAAAAUGGUCACCCACAAGGUGGAUAAUUGUCCCGUCAGAAGGAAGCCGCACAACUCUGCUAGAUAUGUAGGAAGCGCCGCUCCUGGAUUAGGUUUCUAUCACAUUGACCCUCCUGAGGAUAAUGCUCAAUACCAUGGUUUUCUGAAAAAUGUGGGCAUUGUUCUAGUUGAGGCAGGUGAAGUGUCCAAGCAGGAGCUUGCCAGUGAGUUUGCUGACAUCUACAAAACAAACUGGCCUUGGCCAAUCAAUGCUCUGGACGAAUGGACAUUUUUGGUCAAGUUCCCCCCUGAGAUAGAUGUAGUGCAAGUUGCUGGAUACCCAUGUUUUGGUCUCAAAAAAGACAAUGUUGUCGUCAAUGUUGAAGUCUGGAAAGGCAGGAUUGAGGCCGAAGAUGAUCUCCAGGAAACUUGGAUCAAAAUUAGGAAGAUGAACCCAAAGUGGUGUGAUUGGUCUAUGCUUGACCAAAUCACUUCUACAUUGGGAGUGAUGCUGGAUGUUGAUUGGCAACAUAAUUUCAAAUCCUUCUAUGAAACUGUUAGGGUCAAAAUCUCCUGCAAAGAUCCCUCCAAAAUCCCUGCAGAGAGGCUGUUUUGUGUGGAUGGUAAGAUAUACAGGCUAUUGAUUGAAGUAGAACCACCCUUGAUUGCCACUGAUACAGGCACAUCCACCAACCCUUCCUUUGGGACCUAUGUGUCUGCUGCUGAGCUUGGAAACAACACCUCUGAAGAUGCUGAAUCCAACAGGAGCUCUAGAACUGAUUCUGACAGAAGUCCUGUAAUUGGCUCAGGGCCCCCUAAUAUUAGAGGGCAGUCUUUGGGACACAAUCAUUUGCUUGGAGAUGUUACCCCCACAUCAGUCUUGAAAAGCCAAUUGCCUGAAUCUCCAUACUCUCCUCAAAUCAGCAACCUUGAGAGAAUCCUGAACUUUGUGCAUGGAGAUGCUGAUGGUUUUAAUCUGCUCAGAGAAAUAGAGCUGCUGGAAGAUGAUGACCUGAUGGACUUAGAAGGAUAUGUGGAUCUACAAGAGGAUCAAGACUCUCUCUCUCAAGAUGCUGAUCUACCAAACAAUGUGGACUCGCAAUAUGACACUGACUUCCCUGCUCUACCUAAAGACAUGAAUCCUCCUAGAUGGGGUUCUGUCCAUGCCACUAGAGCCAGUUCUAGGGUGGCUGGUGACAAGAGAACUAUCAUUGAAAAAGCUAAAAAACUCAAAGAGGUCCAGAAUCUUGAAGUUCAAAAACCCCUUGGUAUGAAACACAAAUCCUUUUCUUGCUUUAAUGAUCCUUCUUUUAAUGCCAUUGCAUCUAAGAUUGGUGUAGAUAUUACCUCUCAUAAUGAUGACAAUGACUGCUCUUCUGUUGCUGAUUUUCCCCAAAACAGAACUGAAGGUUCUGUUGCUGGGAAUAUUUCUAUUGACGACAACCCUAACUUAGAUUGCAUAGACCCUCCCGCUGAGUCUAGUGAGGGGCUCUGGUCUCUUAUUUGCAAACAUAGAUGGGGCAAGCACCCUAAGAACAAAAAUGUGACGCCCCCGAUUUGA